AUGAUCAAUUUUAUUCACAUAAUUCUUUUCACAUUAGUCUCCGCCAAAACUAAUGAAGAAGAAUUGAGAGAAGCAGCUUGUGUUAUAUUUUCCAGAUAUAUACUACAGAUCCAUUCACAAUAAGCCAGCCCGCAAAUUGGAAAAUUGAUUAAGGAAUAGAAUUAUAAUUAGGAUGAUGCCAUUUAUGUAGUCUAAGCAUCAGCACUUGACAAAUGCUUAAUUAAUGUCAAACAAAGAGAAGUCACUAGAAUAUUAGAUGGAUUACAAAAUUAACAAUUAGACAUCGAAAAAUAUAUCCAUCUUCAUGAAAAUAUUUAAUAUGACAGAUUUAUCAACAAUUAAAAAGAAGUAGCUAAACUCAAUCAAUUAAUUGAAAUCAUCAAGGAUGUUGAAGAAUUAAUACAGACUUAAUGGGUCAAGAGACCUGAAGUUGAAAAGAGAAGAUAAGAAUAAAUAGAGUCUGAGGAAAUGGAUCAAGAAAUUAUUAGUCAAUUGAAUGAAGUCCCCAUUGUGGAAUAAUUUGAUCUCACCAAAUUUUCAUUGAAACACAUACUUCUUAAAAAUAAGGAAUAUCUGAUUUUUGCAAUGUUCAUUUUAGUGCCCAUUGUUUUAUUACUAAAUGUUUGUUGCAAGACUAAUCCUAAAAAAGAUAAGAAAAAAUCUGAAAAGAAUGAAAAAAAGGAUUCUACUUAAUCCAAAAAUGAAAAUGAAGAUAAUAAGAAAUCCUCCAAAGCUAAAAAUAGUGAUAAAUCUGAGAAAAAUAAAAAAAAAGAAGAAUGA